CGUGCGCACACGUAAAUCGUUUUACAUUCAAUCUUUGUACAUCAUAACAUUUUGUUAUAUUUUUUUAUUUUUUUGUGCAUCAUGGCUUUUUUGAUUAAAUGUGCAACAUUGGUGAUUUUGGCGACAGCUGUCCUGGCGGAGUAUGGAUACGGAGGAUACGAGGGUCAUGGUUUAGAAGGUCAUAGUUUCGAAGGUCAAAGUUUUGAAGGUCAAAGUUUCGAAGGUCAUGGACUGGAAGGUCACAGCUUCGAGGGCUAUAGUGGAAACGAACAUCAGAGUCUGGGUCAACAUCACGGAGAUGAAUAUGAUGUAGAUUAUCAUGCACAUCCAAAAUAUUCCUUCGACUACUCUGUAAAAGACCCACAUACUGGUGACGACAAAGAACAUUGGGAGACCAGAGAUGGUGACAAAGUGAAAGGAACUUAUACAUUGGUUGAAACUGACGGAACCAAGCGUAUUGUAGAAUACGAAGCGGACGAUAAGAACGGGUUUAAUGCGGUUGUCCAUAAGAUUGGAACCCCGAAACAUGUAGAAGAAUACAAAGUAAGCAAACCAUCGUACGAGCCUAUCCCAUAUCAACACGACUACCAAGUGAGCGAAGAAGCUUUCAUGCCUUCGUACGCGAGUUAUGAACACUAACAAAAUAAUGUCGGAGAUUUUAUAUUCUUAAAUAUUCAAAUGCUUUAAAUUUUACGUAAGUAUUAUAUAGAAAUGUAUAUUUGUUACUGUUAAGAUUCAAUAUCAAAAUGCUUGUAAAAAAUAUGUUAUUUCUAUCCAUUUGAAUGAACGAGGUGACAAU